AUGUCGCGGCCGCUCAUUUUGAAUGGCUCGAAGGCCAUGGUUCUCGGCUGUCGGUCGUCGCCGCAGCUGGCCUGUGGCGUCGGCACCGUCCUCUUCCAAGAAAAAGCGCUCGUUGCUUCCAGCUUUGGCAACACGGACAUGGACGAAGGCCACGAUUCCGACUGCGACGAUGACGAGUGCGGCGGUUGCAUUGAAGUCGACGACGGCGAAGACAUCAAGGAAGAGCUCACCGGAGACGAGGUGGACUCGGUGUCCCCUGCCGUCGUUGCAAACUUUGACAAGUUCAUGGCGUUCUGCGAGGCCCACGAUGUGCUCAGCAUGGUCGACAUCCGCAAGAACCUC